AUGUGGGCUGCCAUGGUGACCGGCUUGUCAAAUCCCACCCCCCUCCUCUGGUUGGUCCAACUUUUGUUGUGGCCACACCCCAGCGGACCUCAGCUGACAGCAGCCACGCCCCCGUGCCCCACCCCAUGCAGCUGCUCCAAUCAGGCGAGCCGGGUAAUCUGUACCAGGAGGGCAUUGGCUGAGGUGCCCGACAAUAUCUCGGAGAACACACGAUACCUCAACCUGCAGGAGAACACAAUCAAGAUAAUUAAGUCAGACACCUUCCGACACCUGCGGCACCUGGAGAUCCUGCAGCUCUCCAAGAACCACAUCCAGCAGAUCGAGGUGGGCGCCUUCAACGGCCUGCCCGCGCUCACCACCCUGGAGCUCUUCGACAACCGGCUCACGGUGGUGCCCUCGGGCGCCUUCGAGUACCUGAGCAAGCUGCGCGAGCUGUGGCUGCGCAACAACCCCAUCGAGACCAUCAACUCCAACGCCUUCGCCCGGGUGCCCUCGCUCCGGCGCCUGGACCUCGGCGAGCUCCGCAAGCUGGUCUACAUCUCGGACAUGGCGUUCGACGGGCUGGAGAACCUGCGCUUCCUCAACCUGGGCAUGUGCGAGCUGAAGGACGUGCCCAAGCUGACGGCGCUGGUGCGCCUGGAGGAGCUGGAGCUGUCGGGCAACCAGCUGGGCAUGCUGCGCCCGGGCUCCUUCCAGGGCCUGGUGUCGCUGCGCAAGCUGUGGCUGAUGCACUCGCGCGUCUCCGUGAUCGAGCGCAACGCCUUCGACGACCUGAAGAACCUGGAGGAGCUCAACCUGUCGCACAACUCGCUGCACUCGCUGCCGCACGACCUGUUCACGCCGCUGCAGAGGCUGGCGCGCGUGCACCUCAACCACAACCCGUGGGAGUGCAGCUGCGACAUCCUGUGGCUCAGCUGGUGGCUGAAGGAGGCGCUGCCCGACAACUCCACCUGCUGCGCCCGCUGCCACGCCCCGCCGCGCCUCAAGGGCCGCUACAUCGGCGACCUGGACCAGAGCCACUUCACCUGCUACGCGCCGGUCAUCGUGGAGCCGCCCACCGACCUGAACGUGACCGAGGGCAUGGCGGCCGAGCUCAAGUGCCGCACGGGCACCACCAUGACGUCGGUCAACUGGCUGAGCCCCAACGGCACGCUCAUGACGCACGGCGCGUACAAGGUGCGCAUCAACGUCCUGCACGACGGCACGCUCAACUUCACCAACGUCACCAUGCAGGACGCCGGGCCGUACACGUGCAUGGUGACCAACGCGGCGGGCAACACGUCCGCCACGGCGCUGCUCAACGUCUCCUCGGCCGCCGACCCCACCAGCAUCUACACCUACUUCACCACCGUCACCGUGGAGACGCUGGAGGUCAACGACUCGGCGCGCCAGUACGUCAACGAGUCGCUGAUCCCCGGCGGGACCAUGCCGGGGGCGCUGGGCGGCGAGGGGAACGAGAGGGCCGUCUACGGGACCGCGGCGCCCGACGGGCCCUCGCUGCCGCCGCUGUCGCCGCGCGACAAGGUCACGGAGAAGGCCUUCACCGUGUCCAUCACGGACGUGGCCAACCUCCACGGGCUGGACGACGUGAUGAAGACCACCAAGAUCAUCAUCGGCUGCUUCGUGGCCAUCACCUUCAUGGCGGCCGUCAUGCUGGUGGUCUUCUACAAGCUGCGCAAGCAGCACCAGCUCCACAAGCACCACGGCCCGGCGCGCGCCAUCGAGAUCAUCAACGUGGAGGACGAGCUGACCGCCGGGAACGCCAGCGGCAUCUCGGGCGGCUCCACGCUGCGCGGGAGCGCCGGCGGCGGCCUGUCGGCGGGCGUGGUCGGCGGCGGCUGCGUCGGCGGCAUGGUGGGCCACGAGCCCGAGAUCGUCACGCUGCCCAACAUCGGCCGCGCCGACCUCAACCACUACUACAAGAGCCACACGUUCAACAACAACGUCAUGGGCCUCAGCCUCGGCUCCAAGAGCAGCCCGCCCAGCCUGAGCCCCCCGGGGAAGAUGUGCCUGGACGGGCCGCUGGAGUCCAAAGCCAGCCCCCCCACCCUGUCCCUCCACAUGGGCCUGCACUCCUCGCUCAAGGCCCAGAACUCGCACAUGGAGCCGCUCCUGUUCAAGAACAGCUCCAAGGAGAACGUGCAGGAGACGCAGAUCUGA